UUUCUUGAAAAAAUCGGGAGUCCAAUAACCACUUCAAAGAAGCAGAUUAGUCCUAUUUUUGAAGAAAUAAUAUUGAUUAAAUCUCAUAUAAAUGAAAAUAAUGGAAAUAAUGAAAUUAAAAUAACACAAAUAGUACCUACUGAACUGAUCAACAACGCUCGUCCCAAGGCCAAUGAUCAAUACGGAAAUGUUCUAAAAAGAUUGUGGCAGACUUCGGGAAAACAUGUCGCUUGUAAACGAUUUGAUACUCAACAAACUCAAAAAUUCCAAGAUCAACUUGUUCUCCUGAAAAAAUUAAAUAAUUGUUCAAGUAUCAUCAAAUUUCAUGGACUUUCAACUUUAGAUAAAUGUACAGUUAUAGUUUAUGAAUGGAUCGAACGAGGAAAUUUGAAAAUAUUGUAUGAAAAAUUCUCUAUUGAUUGGUCUUCCAAAUUGGAUAUUUCUGUUGGGAUUUGCCGUGGGCUUCUUUUUUUACAUGGAUGUGAUAUCAUGCACCAUGAUGUUCGAUGUGAAAAUAUUCUUAUUACCGAAAAUUUGGAGCCCAAGAUCACAAAUUUUAGAUUGUGUCGACCAAUACAUGACGAUAAAGAAUUCAGGAACGUAUCUGAUCCUCCUGAACAUUGGAUGGCUCCUGAACAAUUUCGAAAUGACAAAAAA